UCGCUGUUAAGGGACACUGUGAAUGGAUCGUUGGGCAGGGCUACGAGCUAUUUCUUCUUUCUUUCUUUCGUUUCCAAGCAAGGUAUUCCAGCAUUCGUUGAUUCUCAUGUUUUAGUCAAGCUUUUCUCUCGCCUCCGAGAUCUGCGCAAGGCAGGUCCCCGUCACAGUCCUUCCCAGUGGCGGCACAAGAGCGGCUGAACACUUGGCCCAUGACCCACAUUAGUGCCGUGGGGUCAACGCCAGUCCUCAACUAACUUUCUUGUCAAGCGAAUCGAAUCGGACAGCAGGCUAUGGAGGCUAAGAUGGCUGAGGAGAGAAGCACUGAGGAUCCCAUAAGGCGAGGGCAUCGAAGCAAAUCGAAAGCAGGCGAGCUUACGACAACACCACCUCAGUCUUUCAUUCGUGACCGUACAACAUGGAACCAAGACCUAAUUAUUUCCCGUUGCCUGCACGCGGAGGUACUCAAGGUGCUGGCUGGGAUCACCAAUGGAGCAAUUCCGCGUUGGGUUGGGAGAUGUCAAGAUCUAUUGAUAUUCCACUUUUGCAAUAUACAACGGCAGCCCUUGGGUACCCGCCAGGAAUGUCAUACACCCCACUCGAAUCUCCCCACUCGAAUUACACCGCAUCUCUACCAUCGAUAACCAACAGUCCAAACAAUGCAACCUUUCCAUCUGACGCAAGAUCGGCUAGAGUGGAGCCAAUUAUUCCUGUUUAUGAUGGCCGAUAUCCACCAUCCAACGCCCCAUUACAAAAAGUCGAUCGCGCCGGCAACUGCGACGAUGAAGAAAUGGUCGAAGUGGAUCCAGAUGAUUACUCUUGGAGCCCGAGUUUAAGGAAAUGCGAUCCUGUUCCGAAAUUGACGUCGAGACCGGCGCAUCGGAGAAGCAAGUCUACGACCGAGGCCUCGCUGAGUAAUGCAAGGAAGGCACAUACUGUCGUGGAGAGAAACUAUCGCGACCGAUUAAACGACAAAAUCUCCGAGCUUGGACUGUAUCUCUUUGAAACGCCUGCCGACUCACGUACCAAACCAUCAAAAUCCCUCAUCAUGACCCGAGCCAAAGAAAGACUACAGCAACUUGAAGCUCGAAACGAUGUUCUAGAGAGGGAGGUUGUAAAGCUGAAGCAGCAUAUUGCUAUUUUGGAUCAUAUUGUUGGGAGGCAAGGAGGGGUAGGUAUUGCAGGGGAGUGAGAUAGCUCUUGUCUGUUAUCCGUUAGAGAAUUACGCUAGCUCUCUGUAUAAUAUUGGGACAGGUCAUCGUUACCUUGUUAGUUAUUUUCAGGCUUUGUGCUCUUUUGCUUGGGAAUUGGAAAUGUAGGGCGCUCUGAAGGACUGGAAACUGUUGGGACAAUUUAAUUCAGCGAAAUCUUGGAUGUUACAUUGUACAGUGUUAUACGAUUCAAAAAUAAUACAUUCCCCCACACAAGAGGAACUUUAAGAAGAAUGAUUAGUUUGCGGGCGAAUUCAAACCCCGUUGUGCCCCUUGAAGCUUC